CUAAACAGAAAAAGUUUGACUUAAGCUACACUCAUUAUUAUUACAAUACGAUAACCCUUUCCUAUUUACUCUUUCUCUCUUUCUCUCUCUACCUCACUGUGUUUCUCUCUCUAGAAUUCCAAAACCCUAGCUCUUCCGAUUCACCAUCAGAAUGGGUUCAGAAGGAUCCAGCGUCGUUGUUCCUAGGAAUUUCAGAUUAUUGGAAGAGCUUGAGCGAGGGGAGAAGGGAAUUGGAGAUGGGACUGUUAGUUAUGGAAUGGAUGAUGCUGAUGAUAUAUUCAUGCAGUCAUGGACUGGUACUAUUAUUGGCCCCCCUGGUACUGUUCAUGAAGGUCGUAUCUACCAAUUGAAAUUGUUCUGUGGCAAGGAUUAUCCAGACAAUCCACCAUCUGUUAGAUUUCAGACAAGGAUUAACAUGACUUGCGUUAAUCAAGAAUCUGGAGCGGUUGAGCCAAAUUUGUUUCCCAUGCUUGCUAAUUGGAAAAGAGAGUCUACAAUGGAAGAUAUUUUACUGCAAUUGAAGAAAGAAAUGAUGUCUCCACAAAAUCGGAAGCUAGCUCAGCCUCCUGAAGGCAAUGAAGAUGGAAGGAUUGACCAAAAGGGGCUGGUGCUGAGAUGUUGUAUUGUGUAACUCAGGUGAGAGUCCAAGUAAAAUAAUGUAAAUAAUUAUAUUGAAUAGAUAAUCCAGGUUUGUGGGUUAAUGCAUUUAAAAAUGUAAGUAUUGACCAUUGCGUAUGUAACCUGGAAAAAUCAAUGAGUGACUAUGCUAUCCUUUGAAUUUUUAUUGUGAAUUGCGUUGAAACUA